AUGGGCUUACAGAACAUCAUUCAAUACCCCGAUCACAUUUCUCCAUACCGCCUAGUCUUUGGGAAAGCAUGUCAUCUGCCAUUAGAAAUGGAGCAUCGGGCAUAUUGGGCUAUGAAACAGUUAAAUAUGGACUUGAAUGCCGCCGGAGAAAAGCGUCUACUGCAACUGAAUGAAUUGGAUGAAUUUAGAAUGGAGGCUUAUGAAAAUGCAAAACUUUACAAGGAGCGAACCAAGAAGUGGUAUGAUAUGCAUAUUCAAAGGCGAGUAUUCGAAGUGGGGCAGCAAGUACUACUGUAUAAUUCGAGACUCAAGUUAUUCCCAGGAAAAUUACGAUCACGGUUGUCGGGUCCCUACACAGUUACAAAAGUUCUACCAUAUGGGGCUAUACAAGUGAGCAAUGAGAAUAAGGGUACCUUCACUGUCAAUGGGCAAAGGUUGAAACACUACUGGGGCGGUGACUUCUCUAAACAAAAGUUAAUCGUUCAACUCGAGACGCCAGAAUGA